CGCCCAUAUCAGGGCGUAUUUGUUUUGAAACUGAUUAGGAGAGUAAGAGAGGUAAUACUAACUUAGCGAACACUAUACUAUAAAUUUGCAAUUACAGUAAUCUUAAAAUUAUACCUACACAGUGUGAGUCAGCUGUAUUAUAAGAGAGACAAUGGAUACCACAUGGGAGCUUUAUGAAAUGUUCCAAGCUUUUCUAAAGGCACCUUCUUAUCAUCUUGCAUUAGAAGCAUUUUUAAUGGUGUGGGUCUUAUGGUUAAUUUUCCACAAGAGUUAUAAACCAGAACGGUUAGAGCUGACGGAAAAGGAAAAAGAAGAACUGAUUGCAGAAUGGAAACCAGAACCUUUAGUUCCAGAUUCAUCUAAAAACCAUUAUGCUUUAAAGCCAAGAGUUGUGUCGGGGGCUUUAGGCAAAAAAAUUACAGUCAAUGGUACAGAAUGUCUGAAUAUGGGCACACACAACUAUCUUGGUUUAAUUGACUCACCAGAAAUAAAGGAAGCAGCAGUUAAGGGACUCAGGAAGUAUGGAGUAGGCUCUUGUGGUCCAAGGGGAUUCUAUGGAACCGUGGAUGUUCAUUUAGAUCUUGAAGCACAGUUGGCUGAAUUCAUGGGUGUUGAGGAAGCUAUAUUAUAUUCUUAUGGAUUUUCAUGUAUGCCAAGUGCCAUUCCAGCUUAUGCUAAACGAGGAGAUGUUAUUUUCUGUGAUGAAGGAGUAUCAUUUCCCAUUCAGAAGGGACUAAGUGCAUCAAGAAGUCAAAUUGUUUUCUUUAAACAUAAUAAUGUGGAGGAUCUGGAGCGCUUGCUCCUGGAGCAGGAUGAUCUAGACAAGAAGAAUCCAAAGAAAGCUAAGGUAACACGAAGAUUUCUUGUUAUUGAAGGUUUGUACAUGAAUUAUGGAGAUGUUUGUCCUCUGAUUGAACUGCUUGAGUUAAAGAAGAGGUUCAAAGUGCGAUUAUUUAUUGAUGAAAGUUGUUCUUUUGGUGUUCUUGGAAAAAAUGGUAGAGGAGUGACAGAACAUUUUAAUAUACCUGUAGAAGAUGUAGAUCUAAUUUCAGCUUGUCUGGAUUAUGCUAUUGGCUCAUAUGGUGGAUUUUGUUGUGGCUCUUCCUAUGUUGUUGAUCACCAGAGACUCUCUGGACUGGGAUACUGUUUUUCGGCUUCUCUGCCACCCCUUCAGUCAAUUGUGGCUAGUGUUGCUAUAGAUGUACUCAAAUCAAAACCAGAAUUAGUAGAAAAACUACAGAAGAAUGCUAGAUUUGCUCAUAAAGAACUCCAAAGGUUAACCAAACUACUUGUCUGUGGUGAUGAAGUGUCUCCAGUGAAGCAUUUACGGUUGGCAGCAGAUCGAGCAGAGGCACAACAACUUCUGGAGCAGAUUGUGGAUCAUAUGCAAGAAGAAGGUGUGGCUUUGACUGUAGCUAGAUACAUUGAUGAAGAAGAACAUUUAGUCCCUCCACCUAGCAUUCGUUUGAUUGUUAGUGCAAUUCUAGAUGAAGAAGAAAUAUCUUCUGUAGUUUCUCUUUUGGAAAAAAACAGUGACACUUUACUGUGAUGUUGCUACAAGUUUUCUUGGAGUAAAAAAACAAAUUUGAGUUGGUACAUUUAGGAAAGGUUUGUUUCCUAUAUUGUUCCUCUUCAUCGACAGUCUUAAUUAACAUGUACAUAUUGAACUUAAGGAAAGUAUCAGCUUUUUUGUGAAUUUUUUUUUUUAAUAUAAUCUUGUAUACUGAAGCAUUUUCAAUGUUAACACUAUUCUGAUGAGUGUUUGAUAUCCAGAGUAUAAAAAGAGUUUGCCAAAAACAGUAAAAAAUCAUUAAGCUUGUACUUUUUUAGUUUCACUAGCAGUGUUAAAUGUAUGUUUCAUAUCAAACCAGUGUGUUACACUUGUAGAUGAACAUAACACUAGUAGCACAAUUAUGAUAACAUUCAACUUAGUAAAAUCUUUGCACCAUUACAAUACCUAGUCAGUUUCCAAAAGUUUGAAGAGGUGGUUUUGAACAUAAACUGCAUGUAUAAAACAUUUGUAACCUAGAACAUGGUUAGUUUUAUAUUUAAAAAAUAAUAAUAAUUUAACAAGGCACAAUUUGUAGAAAAUGCUUCUUAAUAUUUAACAGAAAAACUAUUCAGAUUGAAGAACUUAGGUUUCAUAAAUAUUAUGGUGAAAACAGUAGAUGUUUGUUUACUUAAUAGUGUGCCCCAGUAUGCUGUUUCAGUUUCCUGUAAAAACAGAGUGAAGGAAAAGAUUAAACAAAAAAUAUAUUUACGAAUUUGUUUAAUAUUAUCUUAAAAUUUUUGUCACUACAUGUUUAUUCCUAAAGCAGUUUUAAAGGAACAUAAAAAAGUAACUAGUAUUAGAUCAGAUGGACUUACAAACAAAAAUAAAGCUUGUUUGUUUUAACUAACGAGAGUUCUACAUACAAAUAAUAAAUUUGUCAUAAUUUUACUUUGACUAAAAAUAAUCUCUCUUGAUAGUAUUAACUCAGAAACAAUAUUUUAGUAAACUAAAGUAAGACAAACAUAAGUGUAUACAAAUGUCCUUGAAUAUUUAUCAAGGAAGACUUUCUUUCCAAAAUAACUGAUGAAUCAUGUAUUACCUAACCAAUACAGAAAAAUGUAUGUGAUAUGUGUAUAGAGUUUUUCUCACUUCAUAUAAUGACAUAUCAUUUGCA